AUGGCGACCACCACAGACCACCCCAAGAUAACGCUCUACUGGCUCAAUGACUCCCGCGCGCAACGCAUGGUCUGGCUUCUCGAGGAGCUCGGCGUCCCCUACGACGUCAAGAUCUUCCAUCGCGGGAAGGACAUGCUCGCGCCCGCCGAGCUUCAACAAAUCCAUCCGCUAGGCAAAUCGCCCGUCGUCACCAUCCAACCUACUGAGCCCGGCGCCAAGGAGAUUGUCCUGGCCGAGAGUCCCUUCAUCGCGCAGUACUUGUGCGACCAUUUUGGGAAAGAUCUGAUACCCAAGAAGUACAAUGAUGGACAGGAAGGAAAGCUGGGCGGCGAGACGGAGGAGUGGAUGAGAUAUCAGCAUUUGCUGUAUUAUUCUGAGGGAAGCUUGAUGCCGCCGUUGUUGGUGGCGCUGAUUCUUUCUGUUCUAACAAAGGGGCAGUCAUCUCGGGCCCUAAAAUCCCUUCUUCAUCCGCCCAUCACCUCCACCGUCGCCGGCAAGGUGCACAACUCCUUCGUCGUCCCUAACAUCGAGAAGCACUGCGCCUUUCUCCAGCAGCAACUGGAGACAUCACCCAAGGGUGGCAACUAUCUGUGCGGUGACAGGUUGACGGCGGCGGAUAUUCUGGUGAGCUAUCCGCUGCUGAACUUGCCCAGAGUGGAAGCGCUCGGAGGGGAGAGUCAGAAGGGGAAAUUGAAGGAGAAGUUUCCCAAGCUGUUUGAGUAUGUCGCGAGACUGGAGGAACAUGAGGGGUAUAAGAGGGCCGACAAGAAGAUUGGGGAUUUGGAGGCUAAGGAGAAGGGGACAUCAGAGGGACUGGAUUGGUAG